UACAGAACUGGCCGAUACAUAAAAGCAAGUGCCCGUUACAUAAUAAUAAGACACAAAUAAUUGAAUAAACAGAUAAGAACAUGCGGCGGUCAUUUGGAGGUGGCGGCAGCGGUAUGGGUGGAGGAAGCGGUGGAGGCGGCGGCGGCAUGCUCCGAAACGUUCAAAGGGCUCUCCGCACUGGCGUCGGCGGCGCACCGCCGGAGCCAUUUUCGCCGUCCUCGAACACCACCACCAUCGGCACGGCGGCCAAUUCUAGAAAACCCAAACACUACUCGAAUAAAAAGCAAUCCGCCACUCCAAACACGGCCUUAACCCUUUCGUCCUCUAGUUCUAGUGAUAGCAGCAGUACCAAUCCGCCGCGGGCUUUUUCGUCGCUGAUAAAUCUGCCGGCGUUAUCUGCGCCGACUUGUUCUUCACCCACGUGCGGCGACGACGCGGACUGGGAGUGUUUGGAUGCGAGCGAAGAUGAAAUUAGGGCACGUGCUCUUUAUGAAGAUUUCAUCUUUGGGAAUGUUCCAUCUAAAGAUGAAGUCGAUUUUGCAGUCUCUGCUCUUCAACAGGCCCUUAAACCGAAACACGGAGAAGAAUACGGAGUUGAGAAGUCGAUGAUUUAUUCGUCGUCGUCGGAAUCUGAGGUGGAUUGGAUUGAGCCCUCACUGACAAUAUGCAGCAACAAUUCAAGAAUGUUGGAGCAGCAAAAUGGAUCGGACCGAGUUUACGAUGCCUUCCAUUUAUUACAGAAUGAACCUUCCGUACAGAGAAUGGUGAUCUCUUUAUCGUCGGAUAAAGCCGUUUGGGAUGCUGUCUUGAACAACGAGGUUGUUAAGGAGCUGAGAGGAUCACUCAAUCAAGGUGAUGAACAAGGAGACAACGUAGACGAGGGCAGCCCGGAUGGAUCAAAUCCAGUAAGGGAUAUUCUGAGUUGGGUUUUGGUGAACUCCAAGGCGAAAAUCAUGCAACUUAUUGACAAGAUAACCGAACUUAUGAACGGUGUUUUUCACCUUCCGAACGAGGAGAAGAAUGGAGGCUUUACUAUGGAGGAGAAACUUAAGACGUCUUUAUUUCUCUCCGUCAUCGUCCUUCUUAUAGUGGUCGCCACUCGCGCCCAGAGUUCACGACCAUAAUUCGCCGACUUUUAAUGAGUUACAGUUGCUCUAAUGUUUUUUUUUUUUUUUUUGUAUAAAUGUUUGAGACAGUUUUUCCUAGGCAGUUGUUUCAUCACUGCCUGAAAUAAUGAAAAGACAAACAGAUAAAGAAUAUGCAGUCU